AUGCGGAUUUUGGAUUUGGAAUCGGAGGAAUCGGAUGAGAAAGAGAAGGAAAAGAGGCGAAAGGAUGAGGCGAACAACCCGAGAGCCGCCGCCCACGCAAAGAUUUUCUAUGCGCAGAUUGCGUUUGUCAGUUUUUUUUAAGGUUUAGAGAUUUUAGAAACUAGAAACCAGCAAAAUCUCUACUUUGAGUGUGCAUAAACGAUGAACUAGUUAUCUUUUAGCUCUCUUUCUCGCCUAGGCUAUGCACACUCAAAGUUGGCCAUGUUGAACUGGAAAGGAAACGGGGAGUACCUCUACUCUUGCCACAUUUACUGUUCGCAUCCGAACAAUCAGAAAUGCAUAUGGAAGAAUUUUCCGACCGAAGCGUUCUAGGCCACGGCCACAACUUUGACUGCACGCUGUUCGGCAGUUUAAGAGUUGAGAGUUGGACAGUAAAAACAAGUUCUUUAAAAUUGUCAAGCGUCCCUUAUCCAUCCUCUUCCAGACCAUCUUCACGUUCGUCCUCGGCGCCCGUGCCCUUCUCUCCAGUCACAUUCCGUUUUUCUCCUGGCUGCCGGCUCUUCUCCUUCUUUUCGACGCCACGCUGGCAUUUGCCUCGCUGCUCUACCUGGAUUUUGUAAGCAUUUCUAGUAGUUCAAAGUGAAAUAGUUACUGAACAAGACCAACACAUGGUCUUAAAGAUCUCGCUCGUCGGAUCCUAAAGUGUGAAUCCAUGAGUCAUUUUCAGACUCGAGAGAACACAACCGCCUACCUCCGUCUGGUACUUUCCCUGGUCAUCCUGGUAUUUCUGUCAAAGUCUCGUGUCUCCCUCCCAACUCCCUCUUUCCAGAGACUCUCCUGCUCGGUCAUUCUGGUCGCCGAGCUCUUCCUGCCCCACUCUGACCCGACAAUAUCAGUUCCGCUUAUCAUUAGUGAGUGCCCAAUGCCUAAUUCUUUCUCAAUCAUCAUUUUGCAGUCUCCAUAGUGCACAGCGCAUUCUCAUUGCUCUCCUCGGUCCAAGUGCACAGCUUGACGUACGCGAAUCGGGAGAAAGUGGGAUUGGAGGCAAUACAAUGCAUCGCCCUGGGCAGCAUGAAUACCCUGGUGACGAAUGUGGAAGAGGAAGAGGAAGACGUCAUUCUCGACUUGAUCUGA